AUGGAGGUACAGACCCUGAAGUACCUGCAAACGCAGCUGUGGGGGUCAGAGCAGAGCUUUGGGGUCCUCUGCGCUGUGAAUGUUGGUGUGGAUGACUGCAGCUCAGAGUCUGAUGUGAUUGUUGUACCUUCAGCCCUGGACUUUGUCUCACAAGAUGACAUGUUGACGCCCCUGGGGAGACUGGACAAGUAUGCUGCGAGUGAGAACGUAUUUAACAGACAAAUGGUGGCCCGGAGUCUGCUGGACACACUGAGGGAAGUCUGCGAUGAUGAGAGAGAUUGUAUUGCUGUUUUGGAAAGAAUUAGCAGAUUAGCUGAUGAUUCAGAACCAACUGUGAGAGCAGAGCUGAUGGAGCAGGUGCCUCACAUCGCCUUGUUUUGUCAAGAAAACCGGCCUGCGAUCCCGUACGCUUUUUCCAAGUACUUGCUACCCAUUGUGGUUAGAUACCUCGCAGAUCAGAAUAACCAGGUCAGGAAAACGAGUCAGGCGGCCUUGCUGGCCCUGCUUGAGCAGGAGUUAAUUGAGCGGUUUGAUGUGGAGACCAAAGUGUGCCCCGUCCUCGUAGAGCUGACCGCCCCCGACAGCAAUGACGACGUGAAGACAGAAGCUGUGGCUAUAAUGUGCAAAAUGGCUCCCAUGGUUGGGAAGGACAUCACAGAGCGUCUUAUCCUCCCUAGAUUUUGUGAGAUGUGCUGUGAUUGCAGAAUGUUUCAUGUUCGAAAGGUCUGUGCUGCCAAUUUUGGAGAUAUUUGCAGCGUCGUUGGCCAGCAGGCUACUGAGGAAAUGUUGCUGCCCAGGUUUUUCCAGCUUUGUUCCGAUAACGUGUGGGGAGUCCGCAAGGCCUGUGCUGAGUGCUUCAUGGCGGUUUCUUGUGCAACAUGUCAAGAAAUUCGACGGACUAAAUUAUCGGCACUAUUUAUUAAUUUGAUCAGUGAUCCUUCACGUUGGGUUCGGCAAGCAGCUUUCCAGUCUCUGGGACCUUUCAUAUCUACCUUUGCUAAUCCAUCUAGCUCAGGCCAGUAUUUUAAAGAAGAAAACAAAAGUUCAGAAGAUACAUCAGUAGAAGACAAAAAUAGGACCAGAGAUGAAGAAGUCCCAGAGGAUGCACAGAUCAGGCCAGAGGAUGUUCCUACAGACCCCACUGUUUGUAAUUCCAGUGUCAAACUGGAAGGUGCGCUGGACCCGGACAUCGGUGCUGAAAGCCCUAGGAAGCCUCCAGGAGACAGCUCAUUACCUUGUCCUUUGUCCUCAGAGCCUCAUCAGGAGGCAGCUAGUAAUGAGGAUGCUAAAAAGCCCGGCACCUGCAGGUCUGCCUCUCGGUUGGAGGUGGGCGCCAGUGCGCAGGACUCAGCUCCCCUGGAUCAGGAGUUGUACAACUCCUUCCACUUCUGGAGGACUCCUCUUCCCGAAAUAGAUCUAGAUGUGGAGCUGGAGCAGGGCUCUGGGAACAAACUCGGCCCCGAGGGGCUGGAGGGAACGCCUGAAGCCACCGCCCCGGCUUCUGCAAACAUCACCAUGGCCACCAGAAAGGAACUGGAAGAGAUGAUAGAAAAUCUGGAGCCACACAUUGACGAUCCCGACGUGAAAGCGCAGGUGGACGUGCUGGCCGCUGCCCUGCGCGCCUCCAGCCUGGACACCUGCGACGAGGCCAGCGAGGCUGCCCGGAGGGCCCCGCAGGAUGAGCUCCUUGGCUGCAGACUUGACCACGGCACCGCCGGGCCUUUGACGAGCGAGGCCGUCGAGAAUAUGGAGUCCGCCCUUCGCUAUAUUCAUGAUGAUUCAGACUCGGGCACCAGUGGUGGUUUUAGCCCCGAUGAGGAAAGGAGAGCUAAAGUGCAGGACGUUGUGCCCCAGGCCCUGCUGGAUCAGUAUCUCUCCAUGACCGACCCCUCCCGGGCGCAGACAGUGGACACGGAGAUCGCCAAGCACUGCGCAUACAGCCUGCCGGGCGUGGCACUGACGCUGGGCCGGCAGAACUGGCACUGCCUGCGCGAGACCUACGAGACGCUGGCCUCCGACAUGCAGUGGAAAGUUCGAAGGACCUUAGCCUUCUCCAUCCACGAACUUGCAGUCAUCCUUGGAGAUCAGUUGACAGCUGCAGAUCUGGUUCCAAUUUUUAAUGGAUUUUUAAAAGAUCUCGAUGAAGUCAGGAUAGGUGUCCUUAAACACUUGCAUGAUUUUCUGAAGCUUCUUCAUAUUGACAAAAGAAGAGAAUAUCUUUAUCAACUGCAGGAGUUUUUGGUGACAGACAAUAGUAGAAAUUGGCGCUUUCGAGCUGAACUGGCUGAACAGCUGAUCUUACUUCUAGAGUUAUACAGCCCCAGAGACAUUUAUGACUAUCUACGCCCCAUUGCCCUGAAUCUGUGCGCAGAUAAAGUUUCUUCUGUUCGUUGGAUUUCCUACAAGUUGGUUGGCGAGAUGGUGCGGAAGCUGCACCGGGCCGUGCCGCCCACCUUCGGGGUGGACCUCAUCCGCGAGCUGGUGGAGAGCUUCGGCCGCUGUCCCCGGUGGUCCGGGCGGCAGGCCUUCGUCUUUGUCUGCCAGACCGUCAUUGAAGAUGAAUGCCUGCCUAUGGACCAGUUUGCUGUGCAUCUGAUGCCACAUCUGCUCACCUUGGCAAACGAUAGGGUUCCGAAUGUCCGCGUGCUCCUCGCGAAGACGCUGCGACAAACUCUGCUAGAAAAAGAGUAUUUCCUCACCUCUGCCAGCUGUCACCAGGAGGCCGUGGAGCAGACCAUCAUGGCUCUUCAGAUGGACCGGGACAGUGACGUCAAGUACUUUGCAAGCAUCCACCCGGCCAGCACCAAGAUCUCCGAGGAUGCCAUGAGCACGGCCUCCUCCACCUACUAG